CAUGCAACGUUACUGUCACUUUUAGAAGCCAAAGCCAAAGCCAGCGGGGCUUCUCAAUUAGUUGUAAAGGACUUGCAGGAGGAAUUUGUUAAAGAUUACGUAUUUCCUUGCCUGCGUGCUGGUGCCAUUUAUGAAAGGAAGUAUUUGCUUGGGACCUCAAUGACCCGUCCUGUAAUUGCAAAGGCCAUGGUGGAUGUUGCCAAAGAAGUUGGAGCUGAUGCUGUUGCCCAUGGGUGUACAGGGAAAGGAAAUGAUCAGGUUCGAUUUGAGCUCACUUUCUUUGCGCUGAACCCGAAGCUAAACAUUGUGGCUCCAUGGAGGGAGUGGGAUAUUACAGGGAGAGAAGAUGCCAUUGAGUAUGCUAAAAAGCACAAUGUUCCUGUUCCACUGACAAAGAAAUCCAUAUAUAGCAGGGAUAGGAACCUAUGGCAUCUUAGCCACGAGGGUGAUAUUUUGGAAGACACGGCUAAUGAGCCCCAAAAGGAUAUGUACAUGAUAUCUGUAGACCCAGAGGAUGCUCCAGAUCAACCUGAGUAUUUGGAAAUUGGUAUAGAGUCGGGACUUCCUGUUUCACUCAAUGGGAAGACGCUUUCACCAGCAACUUUACUCACUGAGCUCAAUGAGAUAGGUGGAAGGCAUGGAAUUGGCUGUAUUGACAUGGUUGAGAAUCGGCUUGUAGGCAUGAAGAGCCGCGGAGUUUAUGAAACUCCUGGUGGAACUAUCCUUUUCGCUGCCGCACGGGAGUUGGAGUUUUUGACACUUGACCGAGAAACAAUACAGGUCAAAGAUUCAUUAGCCCUUAAGUAUGCAGAGUUGGUGUAUGCUGGAAGAUGGUUUGAUCCACUCCGUGAGUCCAUGGACGCCUUUAUGCAGAAGAUUACAGAGACCACAACAGGCUCUGUGACUUUGAAAUUGUACAAAGGGUCUGUUACUGUAACAGGUAGGAAGAGUCCCUUCAGCCUUUAUAGGCAAGAUAUCUCAUCAUUCGAGGACAGCGAUGUAUAUGAUCAAGCUGAUGCUGCUGGUUUUAUCCGACUUUACGGCCUUCCAAUGAGAGUCAGAGCAAUGCUUGAGCAGGGCAUUUAAUUUAAGUAUUGAUCUCAUUCCAAAGCAUGUAUUUGAUUGCAAUAAGACGACAUGCUUUGUUUCGCUAGAAGACAUGAUUGUCUUUUCUCUGUUAUUUCCGAUUUGGUUGUUUAGGAACUGGAUUGUAAUGAUAGAGUAGUUUCAGUUGUUUGUGGACCGAUCACGGAAUGUUGGAAUGUUAUCAGUUAAUUAAAUGUUGUAACAUUCAAUAAAUAUUGUUGAGCUUUAUAUAAUGUUCUAAGUCUCACAACUCGGCGAGAUUUACAAUUCUACAAGAGGUAAUCCUAUAUCGUCAAAGACAAACAAAUUCAAUCGAAGGCGGUAUUUUGUC